UUCAAGUUACAUCUUGCUAAUCUACACUACAUUAAUCUGUUUAGUAUAUUGUGAACUUUUAUUGAUUAAAAUAAUUAAAAUAUCCAGUCAUUAUUUAWACAUAACACAAAUAUACAAACAUACAUCGUUUAAUUAUUUCAAAAAAACCUUCAAUUUCAUCUAACGACGAUGUAAGCUCACAAAAAUUGGCGCUGUGGACAKGGUUCAAAAAGAAAAUAAAUUUGGAAGAAAAUCGAGAAAAUACUUGAAAGUUUUUCAACAUAACUGAAAAUUUUAAUUUUUUUCCUUUCUGCUAAAUUAUAAAAUAAAUUCCGUKAAGAUACAUUCAUUCCGAAUCACCUUUGGAGGCCCGAUUAACUUCCAGUAACUCCAAAGAAAGAAUCCUGCAGGCUGCAGUACGAGACCACUAUACCGAAUCAAUAACAUGGAAAUGCAGGCAUCAUCAACAGUUUCAGUUGCGUUGUUCACACUUUUCAGUGCCUAAACGGACAUUGUCAUCAUGGUAGUAGCCAAUGAAAAUGGUAGCACAUACACGCCAACAGUUGUGGCGCAGGUCCGUUACAUGUUACAAUGGUUUGGUGAGUGGAGCGAAUUGGAACGUGGUGACUUCCUGCCAGUGUUGGUUCACGGGUUCGGGUGUAACAGCAGCGCUGACAAUGGUUUACCGUCAAUCAUGGAAACCCUGUGCAAAGAGGAAGGCCGUCCACUCAGUCUGUUCAAAUGUCGUAUCAAGCUGUUCACCGAAUGGGUCCAGACUUGGUCCGAUGAAGACAAAGACAGCUUCCUGAGCGGCAUACGUUCUAUGGACACAGAUUUUGCAGAGAGAUACGAACAAAAAGCCGUUAACCAUGUUGUGGUCAGCAGCUCAGAACACUGCAAUGGUAUUAAUGGGGAUAAAAAUCCUGAUGAAUUACCGGAAGAAACAAUUUAAAUAAACAACAUUCAUCACAUAUUUAAAAACUCCAUGAUUCCAAUUAAAACUUCAUUGAUAGUUGAAAAGUUUUACUCAGCUAUUCAUUUUGGUAAUGUAUUCUUGCAUAAUGGUUAUUUUAAAUUGAAUCUGUUUUAAAAUAGGUUUUUACAAUCUACAUAUUUUAUAAUAAUAUAAUAUAUUACAAUGCUUAGUACAUUCCAACCUUUCUAUACUUAGGUAGGUAUCUAUAACUUAUACUGUAUAAUACCUAUUGAUUUAUCAUAAAUUGUUACUACUUAUUUUGUAUUUGUGUACACAUCCUUCCUAGAAAAUUUUAAUUAGUUCUAUCACAUUCCAAGAACUGUCUUAUAAUAAUGAUUUUAACAUUUAAUCCAUAUAAAUUUCUU